CCCUUUUCUCACUCUAGCUGCUGCAAAGAGGACCAGAGCUUCCAGCGAUGUUCUCCAGAAGAUCAAGUUACUACAGACGCCCAGCAUCGUGGAGCCUCUUCUAUUUCACAACCAAAUGUAUCUCUUGGUCAUAAAAUGUCUUAUUCCCCUAUAACAUGUAAAGUCAAUUCAGCCAAAGCAAGUAGAAGGUUGUUAUCUCUAUCAAGUCCAUCUUUCUCUGAAAGAAGAUGUUCUCUAUUUGUUGGAUUUCAAAAAAGAAAUGCUUCCUCAUACCGUCAACAAAGUAGAGCUAACUUUGAUUCUGAAGAAGACACAAGCUUCACUGAUUUAAAAUCUUCCUCAGACCAUUUUGGUAGCUUUAUGUCCUGCAGGAGACGUUUCUCAUCCCGUAAACUAAGUAUAGUUUCCUAUUACAAGAGUGCCAAUUUUUUUGAUCCUCAAGCAAGUGGCCAGAAUGUGUUUAAUCUAAAAGAAAUCGAAAUCUUUUCUAAAACCUCAAAUAAUACUGAUGCUAAAAAACAUAUAACCAUCUCUGCUCCUGAAUAUAACACUAAAAAUUUUAAGAAUUUUGAAACAAACACUACUUCUCCAGCCUUUGGAAACACUAUUGAUACAGCCUCCUAUCAACAAAGCACAUCAUCCUUCUUUUCUCUUGCAAGUGAUGUUUCCUCUCCCGAUCAACAAAAUGGAAUUGCCACUGAUAUUCAACAAAGGGGCCAAUUAUGUAAAGAUUUAAAAGAUUUCCUUCAUCCUGGUACUGAAAGUUACAGCACAGAUCGUUCUGCAAUCACGAUUCAACAGCAUCCCUCUCAAAGUGGAACUUUCCCAUUCCUCCAUAAAGCUGGAUUUUCUUCAUCUUAUAAAAAUUCUGGUUGCUUUAUCCCAUUUCAAAACGAAGUAACUUCAGGCCCAUCUGAAGAUGAAGACUUUGCUGUCUUGUUUCAAGAUGAAGACAGAUCUUCGCCUAUUGAAAUUCCUAAAAUAAGGUCACCUCAGACUUUACCCUGUCUUAGAAGGGCACCUCAAAUAGUUUUCCCACCAGUCACUGUCAUAGUCUGUAGAACUCAUUUCUCAUAACUCCCCUUUCCUCACCAAGCUUCACUGCAUUUUCUGAAAAAGAUUCCUACAUUGCAGUAUAAAUUUAAUUGCUGUACUUUUGAAAGUUAGUUUAUUGAUGUUAUUGGAGUAUGGAGGUCAAAGAUGAUUUUGUUUCAAGUUUUUUUCAGAUUUACUGCUUAAAGAUGGGCUAAUCUCAGAUUUCUGAGUGACUGUUGUAAUACUUUUGUGGUCUAAAAAUAACAUCAAGCCUUGGUGUAUGGACCUUCUAAAAGUAAUACAUUCUUUGAGAGUUUAGUAUCCCCUUUUAUCAUACUCUAAUCGUUAGAAACAGUAUUCUUACAUAAUCUCUAGAGUUAUAUUCAUCAGUACACACAUUUUCAUAUAUAUCAGCCUUGCUAGCUAUAUUUCUCGUGCCCGAUGUUCCACUGACAGAUGAUGUUUUUAUUAACAUAAGAAUCAAAUUAGAAGUUAAAAAUGUUUAGCGGAAUAUGUAGAAUAUUUUGUAACCAGAUAUUUUAACUAAGUAAUUUUAAUACACAUUCAUGUCUGUGCAAAUCUGGGCAUUCAAGGAAUUCUGAAAUCAGGAAAAAGUAUGUAUAUUAGUCUCCCAAAAUUUUAUUUUUAAAAAUGAAUGUUUUUCAUUUUUUUACCAUCGUAUUGAACAAAGACUAUUAUAAAGCAUUUAUCAAAGUAGCUAAUGAAUGAAAAUGCAUGUAAGCAGUUGAAAACAUUUAAGUUAGAAUACAAUUAGAUUUUAUAGAGGAAAGGAAUUUGCAUUAUUUCUAAUUAUCCUAAUAAAAUAUCCCCCAAAUUUGUAUCAUGGGGCUAAAAUGUUAUUUUUACUUUUGUGGUUUUCU